GCCUCCUUCCGCUCGUGCUUUGGUGCUGAAUGGACAGUAAGGGAGUCGAACAACCUCUUUAGCAGUUAUUGUUUCUCGGAUUUUGUUCGUAUUAAUUUUUUUCUGGAGUCAGACACCAUGCCGAUGUACCAGGUAAAGCCCCUGAGCCAGCGUGACGUAAAGAUUGAUUUGCCCACGUGCAUGUACAAGUUAUCGAAUAUCCACGCGCUGCCUGGAAGCAGCUGCGCCGAGCAUGCGCUACAGAAUGGUGAGACGGAUCCUGCGCUCAAAGCCCUGGAGGCUCGCCAGGACGAGAUCAUGCGCAAACUCUAUGAGCUGAAAGCUGCAGUGGACGGCCUGGCGAAGAUCGCCUCUACUCCAGAUGCUGACAUGGAUGUUACAACUCUCUCACAGACCACUACGGUGUCCGCCUUCACUGGCACGGCUGAUCUGGAUGCUCUUCUUGGAAAGGACCAAGGUGCUCUGAGGGACAUAGUAAUCAAUGCCAACCCUGCUAGUCCACCACUCUCUCUGCUGGUGCUGCACGGGCUUCUGUGCCAGAGGUAUCGCAUUCUCUCCACUGUGCACGUGCACUCCUCUGUCUCCAGUGUGCCUCCUCAGCUGCUCUCGUGCUUAGGGCCACGUCAUACUGAGAGCUACGAACGUCAGCGCUUCCAGCUGGGUUUCACGCUCAUAUGGAAAGACGUGCCAAAUGUGCAGAUGAAGUUCAGUAUCCAGAAUAUGUGCCCCAUCGAUGGCGAGGCCAACGUGGCACGCUUCCUCUUUCGGCUGCUGGGCUCUGAGCCGAAGGACCCGAUUGUUGCCACACAGAUGGACAGCUGGGUGGACACAGCCUUCUUCCAGCUGGCAGAGGGGGCCAGUAAGGAGCGUGCAGCUGUGCUGCGUUCACUUAACAGUUCUCUGGGGCGCGCGGUAUGGCUGCUGGGCAGUGAGCCUUCGUUAGCUGACAUCGCGUGCGCAUGCUGCCUUCUUCGAGACAGCCAGGUCUCGUCCACUCCUGCCAAUGUGCAGCGCUGGCUCCAGGCAUGCAAAAACCUUGGGCACUUUCACUGUAUUACCCCCUUACUGUAAUGAUCGGGUUUUUAAAAAUGGCUUAAGAGAUAAAGACCAGGCGUUUAUAUAUAAGAUGUAAAAAAGAAAAUGACAUAUUAUGUGAAAAAGAAUUUAAGCUAAAUGGGUCUUGUUGAUGGCGACAGAGCUCCAAUCCGGCCAGUUACAACAUUUACCUACAGGGCAGGGAAACCCUGUCCAUACACAGUUCUUUAUCAGUAUUUAGGAGGUCUGAUUAUUAAAAUGUUAAACUGCCUGUGACUGAAUCCAGGCCAAUGCACAAUGCUUUUAGAGCAAAGAACUGGCAUUUAACUUGGUGGAUUCUGGAUAUGAAUGCUGUCUCCCUCCACAUCGUGCCUAACUUACUGUAGUGUUGUUAGCUGUACUGUGUUAAUGCUGAAUGUUACAUGUUUGUGAAGAGCAAUUCAGAUGUGAAGAAGAUAAAAGUACUGGAAGUGCAUAAAACGUAUGACCGGAUACUUUGUAACAUCUUUUUCUUAAGGCCUAUUAAAAGUUUUCACAUUGAGUCAAA